GUGUAACCAGUUGAAACAAAAAACAGUGCGGUGCAAAUGGUAAACCGGUUUCUUGUUCGUUUAGUUUAGAUCUGGAACAUUGAGUAAGAAAUAAAUAAUCAUAAAUCAAAAUCACAAAUCAGUGUGUUGUGUACUUGUGUUGUACAUAAUCUGAAUAAUACGAGAUGAACAUGGAGAAUGAAUUAGCGAACAUAAAGAAAUGGAUUAUACUAUAUCCAAUUUACAUGAAUUCGAAAAAAACGGUAGCUGAAGGAAGACGAAUUUCCCUUUCCAACGCAUGCGAAAACCCUACUUGUGUCGAAAUCGGUGAUUGUUGCUCUUUUCUGAAACUUCCAUUUGCAAUUGAGAUUGAUAAGGCUUAUCCUCGUGAUUUCAUGCAAAGAGGGAGAGUUAGGGUUUUGCUGAAAAGAGUUGAUGGAACUCUUUGUAAUUCAUCCAUUUCAUCAAGAAAGCAACUAAUGCUUCGUGUUGCGGAGAUGGUACCAAAACAUCAUGGAAGGACUAAGAAGCAAGAAACUGUAUCAACAUCAACUGCUGGUCCUUCCAGCAAAUCUGGGAAGGGUGGAAAAAAGAGGAGAUAAUGCUGUAUGAAAGAUUGUUUUGACAAAUUGGUAUUAGUCCUUGUAGGAUAAAUCAUUUCCUUUGGAAUAGACAUUUUAUCUCAAUCCCCAACUAAGUCGAAACUCGAUACAAAGUACUGUUCUAGCCAAGCCAAGUGCAAUACAAUUAUACCAAAGUGUUUGUUGUUGUCUUUGAAAAUGCACUAUUCAUAGUUGAUAGCUUUUGAAUUAUGUAUGAUGUGAUCAAGGAGAAAGACUUGAACAUACAUCUGACAUUUUAUCAAUAUGAAUGUUAAAUUGUGUGGCACAAAGAUUUUGUAUAAUUAUGUGCCAUUUGUAUA